AUAAAACCGAGUGUUUCCGUGGAUGUGCGAGCUGCCUGCCUGCAAGCAGCCAUAAUUGGGAUUAUUCAGGAAUAAUUCGCCUAAUCCAGCCGCGGUUGUUUUUCUUUCCUCCUUUUUCCUCCUUUCUUUUCCAGUCGUGAUUUAUUUCGACACCGUUUUUUGCUGACGUGAAUCCCAUCGUGACAUCGAGCUGGAUGUGUCACAAAUGAAUUUGUUCUGUCACGGAGGCUUUUUUUUUUUUACUGUGGACUAUUAAAAUGUAGUCCACCUCCGGCUGGACAGCAAAACAAAGACUGCAUAUUGAACAGUUCGAGGUGAAACAAAGCGACUGGGAGCAUUUUUUGCCUUGAGAGAAAAGCAGAUCCAAAAAAAACAUGAGGGGAUGAAAGGUGGUGAGGUUGUGGACAAAGAGGAAAGAUGAGUCUGUCAUGUAGAAAAGAUCCUUACGGCCUCUCCUUGUAAAGACGAGAGAGCCGUGGGAGACGACGGCUGUAGGAGGAUCUGUAGCGUUCAUAAAAAGGGCCCGAACCAGGCAGGCUCUUGUGGAAGGUGAUAGAAUGAGUAACCAGACCUUUGCCAUCGAUGGGCCGGGCAGUUUGCUGGCCGUGCUGGCUUCGCAGGGCGGAAUGGCGAGAGCCAACGGCGGCGGCGGCGGUGGCAGCAGCAGCGACAGCGGCAGCAACAGUGGAGGAAUCUCUGCCACAGAUGUGUCUGCCUACUUUAAGCUGGUCUUCUUGGGUUUGAUCAUCUGUGUCAGCCUCGUGGGCAACCUCUUGGUCUCCCUGCUGGUCCUACGAGACCGGACACUUCACAAGGCUCCCUACUUCUUUCUCCUGGACCUGUGCCUGGCCGACGCGGUCCGCUCCGCCGCCUGCUUCCCCUUCGUGCUGGUUUCCGUCCACAACAGCUCAGCCUGGACUUACAGCGCCUUGAGUUGUAAAGUUGUGGCUUUCAUGGCUGUGCUGUUUUGUUUUCACGCUGCCUUCAUGCUGUUCUGCGUGGCUGUCACCCGCUACCUUGCCAUCGCCCACCACCGAUUCUACGCCAAGCGCAUGACCAUCUGGACCUGCGCCGCCAUCAUUUGCAUGGUGUGGACUCUGGCCGUCGCCAUGGCGUUCCCGCCCGUCUUCGAUGUGGGGACGUACAAGUUCAUCCGUGACGAGGAUCAGUGCAUUUUUGAACACCGCUACCUGAAGACCAACGACACCCUGGGCUUCAUGCUCAUGCUGGCCGUGGUGGUCCUGGCCACGCACGGUUUCUACGCCAAGCUGCUGCUGUUUGAGUACAGGCACCGCAAGAUGAAACCUGUCCAGCUGGUGCCGGCCAUCAGCCAGAACUGGACCUUCCACGGUCCCGGGGCCACGGGUCAAGCCGCGGCCAACUGGAUCGCAGGGUUCGGUCGCGGCCCCAUGCCGCCCACUCUGUUGGGCAUCAGGCAAAAUUUACACAAUCAACACCGGCGGCUGCUCGGGAUGGAGGAGGUGAGGUCAGAGCGGAGGCUGGGCAGGAUGUUCUACACCAUCACCCUGCUCUUCCUGGUCCUCUGGGCUCCGUACAUCGUGGCGUGCUUCUGGAGGGUGUUCGUCAAGUCCUGCACCAUCCCUCACAGGUACCUCUCCAUCACGGUGUGGAUGAGCUUCGCCCAAGCCGGGGUCAACCCCAUCUUCUGUCUCCUGCUCAACGAGGACCUGAGGAAAGUGCUGCGAGCUCACCUGCCCACCUACUGUAGGACUAAACAACACCUGCCCCAGGACGAGGCCUACUGCAUUAUGUGAUACGAUACGAGCUCAAUGAAGAGUUUCAGGUUUUAAAGGGAGAAUUUGGAGAAUAGAAGUGAUGUAACGCACCUUGGUUAAGUGUCUGUUUUGUUGUUUUGCACAACAAAAUCAAAUUUUCGCCAACAAAUGCAGACACAGUGCCAUUUUAUUGAGAAUGUUGAUGUUUGACUAAGUGUGUGCGGUGCAGAGGUUUGAACCGGGCAAUAGAGAAGCCCCUGGUUUGUAUUUCUGAUGAUGUACUGUAUGAUUAGGAAAGAUCACAACUAUCACCGCUCCAACUAAGUGUGACAGAUGCCAUUUUAAAAUAAUGUUGCCUUAUUUCAAUGGGACACGCCCCAGAGCUUUCAAACUGAGAACGAGUUUCUGUGUCACACGAGGCACAAAACAGACACACGGAGGUUUGAAAUCCUUGAAGAAAAUGUGCGAAUAGAAAGUGUUGAUCAGAGCGUUACUAACUCUGAAACACAUCAAGGAACUCAAAGGGUCUGAACGGAUUGAUAGACCACCCCGGACGCCUUUUCAUGUAAUUCAAAAGGAGACUGCUGAGUAUCGAAUGGACCCAAUAACCUUGGAUACAUUUAAAUAGCCGUUGUGAACCCAAGAAGCCCCUAACAUGCUUGAUUUUUUUGGACUUGAUUUUAGGGCGUGUCAGGUUUCUUUGUAUCAUAAAAAAAUUGCCUGUUUUUCCUUUAUUUGUAAAACUAUACAUGUUAAGCAGAUGACACUAUUUUGAAAUAUGACUUGAUUUCAUAUUGUACAGACUGUACAGGAAUGUGUAUUCCUGCUUGUGUGUUUUUAUAUAGCAUUUGUGUGUAUGUGUGUGUGAGAGAGAGGAAGAAGAGGAAGACAGAAGAGGAGAGGAGGAAGGGAGAACGAUAAGAGAGAGAAAUAAUGAUGAUAGAAUAGGUUCCAGUAAUAUUGAGUCAAUAUGAAAGCAGCCUCAUCUUGGUGUCUCAAAAUCAUGCAAAAUUGAACAUAUGGAAAUGUAUCCUUUAAAUGGAUUUAACAGAAAAUGUCGUUUUUCAAUGUACAAGCUAAUGUGAAGUGCAGAUGGAUUAUGAAAAAGGGGGACAGAAUAAUUAGGAAACAACACUUGUGCAUUGCAAACAGGCUGGAGGAUUUAAUGACUUGAAUGAUGAUGUAAAUUACGUCGUUUUAAAAAAUCAUUAGCAAACGAUGAUCUUGGGAAUGUUUUUAAAGUACUGUUAUGCUCUGAAUACAAAAAAAAUGAAGAAAUUAAGUGGCACUUAAUGGGAAGAAAACUUGAAUGUUACCAGGUCUUCUUAUAUUUACCCCCCCAACAUAAUGUCACCAUUUGAGUGUCCUGUCCUGGAUCACAGUAUAAGUUUAAAAAUCAAAACGUCUUCAGGGUUGACACGACCCCAGAGAUGUUUGGUGCGAGGAAACCGGCUGAAGUUGUCUCUCCAAAUUAAGAUUCAUGUAAUACAAAUGUCAGACCUACAGUAUGUUAGGCAUAGAUACUGUAUAUUUGUGCAGUCAAUUUUCUAAAUGUGGACACUUGCACAGCAUACUGUAUUAGCAUGCAUCCCACUGCAUUUCAUAGAUUCAAGACUGGGGAUUACAACUUGUACAGAUGUUGAUGUGGAGAGACGAAGUGAGACGGGAACUGAGGUCCAUAAUUUUUACGUCUGGCAUUCCUUCGCGAGAUGAUAUUCUGUAACUGUACAGUUUAACUGAGGUGGUUCUUUUGCCCACUCAUCAAUAAAGACUCUACUUUUGAUGCAUUCU